ACAAUUCAUGUUUAACAUAAUUGGAUCCGUCAAUUUGUUUUUGAAGUCUAAGGCCACAGUUUGAAGCAGAUAAAGUAGAGAGCUGGAAACUGGAAGAAGCUUCCAUCAUCGUUGUUGUUACAGGAUUUUCCCAAAUCCAAGCUUUUCUCUUUCUCUGUGUGACAAAAACAGCUCAGAUAGAAAAAUAAAACCUGAGUUUUUUUGCUCGGGAAAUUUUGAUUUUCCGGGGGAGAAUCGUCGCCGAUUUAUUAACAAUCGUACUCCGUGGCCGGAAUUCCGAGUUCGUUGAGUCGGAACGUUGUGUUAUUGGCAGAAAGGAGGAGUCGGAGUUGGAAUUCUAAUCGGCGGUUUUGGUUUCGUUGCUUCGGUUAGGGUUUGGAAAUUGAAUUUGGGGAUUUACGGUCACUGAGGAGGCGUAUAGUGCGUCUCCGGCGACGGUUACUGAAUUUGGAAGCGUUUUUGGAUUGGAUUGAUGAAAUUAGGGUUUGGGUGAUUGAGUUUCGAGUAUCGUCGGAAUUGGGGAGGUCGGAAUAUGAUAACUAAGCGGCCGGCGAGUUUCGAAAUGCCGAAUUUGAAGCGGUGCAAGCUGGAGGAGGCGGAAGCGAAAGCCUAUGAGUAUUUCAGAUCCGGUUCGUCGGGAUACGACGAGUCGUUUUCGGCUGCGGUGGGGCUGGAGUCGAAUUUGCAGCGGAAGGCAUUGAAUCAGAGCCCCGAGAAGUUUCGGAGGUCAGCAAGAGGAAGGCCGCAAGUGGUGCCGUCGAGGUUUAAAGAUUCGGGUGAGUUAUGUGAGAAGAAGCAAGCUAAGCAUGGAGGUAAGAAAAACUGUGCAAAGAAGAAGGAAGUGAUGUUUAGGCCGCAUGACUUUGCCUUGGGUGAUAUUGUUUGGGCCAAGUGUGGGAGGAGAUACCGGUUUUGUCCUGCGGUGGUUAUCGACCCCAUAGUGCAAGCUCCUGAUGCAGUGUUGGGCUGCCGCAUUCCUAAUUCUAUAUGUGUGAUGUUCUUUGGGUUCUCAAAGAAUGGAACACAAAGGGAUUAUGGGUGGGUGAAGCAGGGAAAGAUAUAUCCGUUUAAGCAGUUCCUUGAGAGAUUUCGAGGACAGACCCAAUUGUACAGGAGUAAACCAAGUGAGUUUCAGAUGGCAAUUGAGGAGGCAGUGUUAGCAGAAAAUGGCUUCGUUUACCCACCUUGUAAAGCUACUGAUUCAGAGGCAAAUGUGACUGAAAUCCAAGAGGCCACAGAUUUUUAUCAAGAUCAGGCAUAUCACAGUCAGAAUCAGGAAGCAUUACAGAAGGACACAAGACCUUGUGAUUGCUGUGGUUUGAUCAAUCCAUCUAAAGCACUGAAAAAAGUGAAGGGCUCUGGUUCUGAAACCCAAGUUUUAUGUAAACAUUGUGCAAAGUUGAGAAAAUCAAAACAAUAUUGUGGCAUAUGUAAGAUGAUAUGGCACCAUUCAGAUGGUGGAGAUUGGGUAUGCUGUGAUGGCUGUAAUGUUUGGGUUCAUGCCGAUUGUGACAAAAUUUCUAGUAAAGUACUCGAGGACCCUGAGCACAAUGAUUACUAUUGUCCUGAUUGCAAAAAUAAGUCCAAAUGUGAAUUGUCAGAUGUGGUACACUGUCAGCAAAAACCGAGGUCUGGGGCAAGCAGCCGGAAAUCUGUGACUAGCGUAACUGUGGUUUGCAAUGGCAUGGAAGGAACAUAUGUACGAAGCCUUCAUAUGGUUGCUUGUAAGUGUGGAUCAUGUGAUGAGUCAAAGAUGCGAAGCCUUGGUAAAUGGGAGAGGCACACAGGUUGCAGAACAAAAAAUUGGAAGCAUACUGUGAAAGUGAAGGCCACGAUGCAAACACUGGAACAAUGGAUUGCAAAGUAUGGUUUACAGCCUCUCGCAUUAGAUAAGAAGCGACUACUUGAUUUCUUACAAGAAAAGUAUGAGCCAGUUAAUGCAAAGUGGACAACUGAAAGAUGUGCAGUUUGUAGAUGGGUGGAAGAUUGGGAAGAUAACAAAAUGAUCAUAUGCAACAGGUGUCAAAUAGCUGUGCACCAAGAAUGCUAUGGUGCAAAAGAUGUUCAGGAUUUUUCUUCCUGGGUUUGUAGAGCAUGUGAAACACCUGAUAUCAUUAGAGAGUGUUGUCUCUGUCCUGUGAAAGGUGCUUUGAAGCCUACUGAUGUUGACACCUUGUGGGUUCAUGUUUCUUGUGCUUGGUUUCGUCCUGAAGUUGCUUUCUUGAAUCAUGAGCAGAUGGAACCUGCUGUUGGAAUCCUUAGAAUCCCACCCACUAGUUUCAUGAAGCGUUGUGUAAUUUGUACGCAGACUCAUGGUUCCUGCACCACGUGUUGCAAAUGUGCCACUCAUUUUCAUGUAACCUGUGCAUCAAGAGCAGGCUACAGCAUGGAAUUGCACUGCCAAGAGAAGAAUGGGAAACAAGUAACAACGAAGUUGAUAUAUUGUGCAGUGCACAGGAACCCCAAUCCAGAUGCUGUCGUAGUCGUUCAUACCCCUUCGGGGGUUUUUGCCGCGAGAAGCUUGCUUCAAAACGAGAAAGGGUUCUUCAGGGGUUCCAGGGUGGUCUCAUCAAAGAGGACUGAAGUUUCAGAACCUUCAACCCCAGAGUAUUACGAGUUAGAACCGCUCUCUGCUGCAAGAUGCCGUCCUAUUAAAAGAUCAAAUUUUAAGGGAGGAGAGCGGCUACCAAUUUUUCAUCGACCAAGGGGACCAACACAUCAUCCAUUAGAAGAAGUAAACACAUUGAGCACAUUUAAAGAAAUAGAAGAUUCUAAAAUAUUUUCUUCCUUCAAGGAUCGGCUUUACCACUUGCAGAAAACUGAAUCUCACCGGGUUUGUUUUGGUAAAUCUGGAAUACAUGGAUGGGGUCUAUUUGCACGUAGGAAUAUUCAAGAAGGAGAAAUGGUUGUUGAGUAUCGUGGUGAGCGCGUAAGGUGUAGCGUUGCAGAUCUGAGGGAAGCACGGUACAGGCUACAAGGCAAAGAUUGCUAUCUUUUCAAGAUCAGCGAGGAAGUAGUAAUUGAUGCUACAUAUAGAGGAAAUAUAGCACGGUUGAUUAACCAUUCGUGCACGCCCAAUUGCUUUUCAAGGAUCAUGACUUUGGGCGAGGAGAACCGAAUAGUUCUCCUUGCCAAGACUAAUGUUUCAGCCGGUGAAGAACUAACGUACGAUUACUUGUUUGAGCCGGAUGAAUGUGAUGGGCGGAGAGUUCCCUGUCUAUGUAAAGCUCCCAACUGUAGGAAAUUCUUGUGUUAGUUCACGCGUCAGAGUUCAUACAUUUUUUGGUGCUCCCCAUAUCAUCUCUGCACAGAGAUCUAACCACUUCUAACCAUUGAGGAAAUCCUUCCCCUUGUUACAGAAAAGAAAGGAGACCUUUUUCCCUUUGAGCUUGUAAAUCUUUCAAUAUAUAUACCACGCAAGUCGUGUUGUAAUCUUAUCAGAAUUAGUAAUAUCGCCUGGCUCUUUCCCUGGUGGCCUUUUUGCUACUUUUUACGUGAAAGUAAAAGAAAUAGACAGAUUGUUUAAUCAUCUCCAUAGUGUAAUUUGUAAUGUUUCAAAGCAAAUUGAUUUACUGAUUUCAGUAUACACAUUUCUUUAGCACCC